AUGGAACGGACUAAAGGAUGGAAGUUGAUACAGAAGUGUGUGCCGCGCAUCAUCGAGUACGGGCGGUCCGAGGGUAUUUUGCAAGUCAGGGAGAACAAAGUAGGUUUUUUUGUUGGAUAUGAAUCAAUGAAUAUGUUAUUCUUAAAAGUUAAAUAUUGUAAACUUGGUUUUUUAAAAGUAAAAACAGAAAAACGAAACUAAGUCAUAUUUUUGUUUUGGUUGCCAUAAUCAUGUAUUAUUUUUGCUAUAUUAUUCGUAUGGGCUUUUACGUCAAGAACAAUUACGCUCUUAGACUGCGUUUCACAUAACUGGUAUUGUGCUCGCGGCUCAAGAAGAAGCUCACCAACAUGCCAAGGAUAACAAGAACGGCGACAAGGUCAACCUUCCCACAAAUGACAUUACGAUAAUGCAUGAAGCCAUUCCUUUCUUACCUGUCCCUGUCGCCUUGACCUGUCUGUUCCUGAACAUUUGCCUUCCCGGAAUGGGUACUAUCAUGAGUGGAUUAAGUGCCCUGUGUAUGGGACAGCCGAGGAUUAACUUCAAGGAAGGGCGCAAGCUUAUGACAUUGAUAAUCAACUUUAUGGUGGGGGUCAGCCAGUUCUUCACGAUAACUUUCUUGUUCGUGGGCUGGUUUUGGUCGAUUGCCUGGGGCGGUCUCAUCAUAAUACAUUCGAGUAAGUGUAAUUCUAUUACUUUUCUUUGUUCUCUCAGAAAUGGCUUUCAAAAUUUAUUUUUGAUAUUUUUUCUUAUUUACAACUGAGAAAGAGUAAUACACAGUACGUUUUGUCUACAAACGUAGAAUUGGCAUGAAAGUUGUUUUAUUAUGCUUUAUUUACGUUUCACAUUGUCCUAAUGUAAUUUUAUGAUAAAGGUAAGUUUUAGUGCAAUAUCGCGAAGCAUUGCAACAGCGACGUCAAGAAGCCGUUGCGACUGCCGCCAUCGAAGCCCUGACCAAAGAUUCUAUUUUACAUCGACGAGAUGUCAAAACUCUUGUAAAACAACACAAAGACAAAGUGCACGGGAAGUAA